AGACGUGAGGAGAAAAGUUGUUAGUUUAUUUUGUGAAUUAUAAAUUAAAUAUUAGUUCAAACUACAGAAAAACGACAGUGACGUAGAGUUAAACUGUGUUCAGUCUAGUAGUGGAGAAAUAUUUGUAAAUAAAAUAAUUGGUGAAGGUGAAAAGUGUGUUUCACUGCCUCAGUGGAUUUGGAAAAGGGCAUUUGGCGGUCAUCGAGGAAACAUCUUCUGGAAAAUCCAGCCGCCUACGUUCCGGAUCACUGUUAAAGACAUUUAGUAAAGGAAUAUAUAUUUCCAGGUAAACUGGGCAGGAAGAAGAGGGUAUUAGAUAUCACCGAAUCCUAUCACAGAGAAAUUAUUGUUUACCACAGAUGAAGGUGCCGUUUCUGCUUCUGGUCGCAACACUCGGUACAGUUCACAGCAUAAACUUGGGAGAAGCAUCAUACAGUAUUGUGCACGAUAGAGGGGUCAGGAGUUACUUUUCCAGGCCAUUCGGCUAUGGAAAACCUAGAGGAUAUGCUGGAGGAUUUUUCGGGCAAUCAUUCGCCCAGUCAAAUCCCUUUGGGAUCUCAGGGGAUGGCAGUGCACCAUUAACCACUAAGAAAUGUGGAGUCCCACCUCAAAGCUGCAUCCGAUCGCAGUACCGAACCUUCAACGGUGUCUGCAACAAUUUAAUAAAUCCAGGCUGGGGAAUGGCUGCUGGCAGCUACUCCCGACUCUUGUCCCCCAAAUACGGAGACAGGAUGUCCUCACCGACGCUCUCAGUAACUGGUGAAGAACUGCCCAAUCCCCGUGUCCUCUCAGUUGAUGUCUUUGGAGAAAGGGACAUCCCAGAUCCAAAAUUCACUCUGCUCAAUAUGCAAUGGGGACAGGUGAUCACACACGACUUGAGUCUUCAGUUUGGUGGUUCCCAGGCCCAGAAACACUCCACUUCAUGCUGUUCCCCUGAAGGACAUGUCAUGGAAGGCAGAAAUCUUCAUACCACCUGCUAUCCAAUUAUUGUGCCACCUAAUGAUCCAGUCCACAAUAACUACCAUCAGACUCUCUGUAUGGACUUUGUGCGGACGCUAACAGACAAAGAUGUGGCUUGUCCCCAUGUCCAGUUCGGAGCUCCCGCUGAACAGCUCACUGAAGUCACGGCGUUCAUGGAUCUCUCACUUGUCUACGGUAACAGCGAUCAAAUGAAUGCUGGUCUUAGGACAUUCUCUGGUGGAAGGAUGAUCACUGAACAGCGUCAUGGACGUGAAUGGCCUCCACAGAAUCCCAACGCUUCCACUGUCUGCACCAUGUCCAGCGGAAAUGAGCCUUGCUACCUCGCCGGAGACUCCCGUGUUAACCAGAAUCCUGGACUCACAUCCCUUCAAAUCAUGCUCCUUACUGAACAUAAUCUCAUCGCCGAUGCCCUGGCCCACAUCAAUCCACAUUGGGAUGACGAGAGGAUCUUCCAGGAAGCCAGAAGAGUUGCCAUUGCCGAAUUCCAGCACAUUUCCUACUACGAAUGGCUCCCAAUUUUCCUAGGUCAGAAGAAUAUGCGGAAUAAUGGAUUGAUCUAUGAGACAACACCAGGGAGCUAUGUGAAUGAUUAUGACUCAAGCAUUGAUCCACGUGUAAUCAAUGCUUUCGCCACUGCUGCCUUCCGAUACUUCCACACGCAAAUUGAAGGAAGACUAGAUUUAUUGUCCGAACAUCGUGCGAGAACGGCUUCUUUGAGACUCAGUGACUGGCUCAAUCGUCCCGUUGUCGUUGAGGCUGAAUUUGAUAAUCUCUGCCGCGGAAUGGUUACUCAACCAGAGGAAGAUACAGACGAUAAUUUGGACACUGAGAUCAAGCACUUCUUGUUCCGACUGGACAAUCCAAUUGGACAAGACUUGAAGGCGAUCGAUAUCCAGAGGAAUCGAGAUCAUGGUCUCGCAAGUUACAAUGACUUCAGAGAGUUCUGUGGACUCAAGAGAGCCACAACUUUCGAAGAUUUCCUGGAUCUCAUUUCGCCAAGACACGUUGAGAAACUCCGAGCUCACUACACGAGUCCCGAGGACGUUGAUCUCACUGUUGGUGGAUCUCUGGAGGCUCACGUGGCCGGUGCUUUGGCAGGUCCAACCUUCCUCUGUAUCCUCACUGAACAAUUCUUCCGCACCCGUGUUGGAGACAGAUUCUUCUACGAAAACGGCAACAUCGACAAUGCAUUCACAAGAGAACAACUUCAAUCAAUCAGAGCAUCGUCGACGGCAGCACGUUUUGUGUGCGAUAACACAAAUAUUCAGUAUAUUCAGCCAAGAGCAUUUGAGAGGAUCCACCUGGGCAAUGAACUCCUCCCCUGCGUCUCACUACCUCGUAUUGACUUUAGCCUCUGGAAGGAGGAUGUAUCCGCAGCCUAUGACUCCCACAAUGCCUUCAUUUUUACCAAGUGAUCGCAAUGUAUAUAAUUUAUUGAAAAUUAGAUUGUAAGACUUUUAGAGCUGGAUAUUCCUGCAUAAAUUUAUUUAUGGAGAUAUUCGCAGAUAAAAGUUAAAUGUAACAUGACAAUUAUAAUGUAAUGUGACCAACGAUAGUGUGAAAAGUAAUUGCUUAAGAGAUCGUUUAUGCAAUGUUUUUUAUACACGAAAGAAAUUAUUUACGAAACAUUCUGCCAUUUUUUUUUAAUUUUUCCCCCAACAUUCAAGCAUCAUUUUCUUGUUUGGGCAAUAGGUUAUUUUAAAAUUUGAGGUUAUGUUAUGAGGUUAAGUGAGGUUAUGUUUUGUUUAAAUUAAAAGAAAUAAGGAAUAGGGGAAAGUGCCUAUGAUUUGCACGGUCCCAAGCUUUAUUAUUACUAAAUUUUUCGUAUGUUUUUCAAUAAAUAUCCUAGAAAUGUCCUGCUUUUAAAAUUGUUUGCGCCAGUCACAUUUAUUCAGGAAGGAAAAAUUUAGUCAUUAUGAAGCUUGAGACCGUGCAAAGCAUGGGCACUUUCCCCUAGUUUCUAAAAAAAAACGUUUUGUAAAUAAUGGCAUUAUUCGAAUUCUGAUCUUAGGUACCUAACCACAUAACCUACAAACCUUAUUCUUAAGUUUACUCAAUUGGCCUAAUUAUCAAAUUAUACCAACAGGUUCAAAUGUAAAGUUAUUAAUAAUUAUAAUGUUAAUAUUUGCUUACAUUUGGGGAAUUCUUAAAGUUUGUUUCACUUUAAAUUAGGAUAAUUUUUUUUAAGGUUAUGCUUACCAUAACCUCACAUUUUUAACUUUUUAAGUAAAAAAAAGAAUUGGGUCUAAUAAUCAAGGAUCUUAUACAAAUUGGCACAAUUUUCUAUCAAUUCUCUGGAACAAUAAAAAAAUUUUAGCAACCCAGCGAUAUCAAACAUAACCUCAUUUUGCAUAACUAACCCUUUGCCCGAAUUUUUGUUACAUUUUACCUCUCUUCAUAACAAAGAAAAAACUCCCUUCCUCUCAUUUAACUCUAUAAGUAUAUUUUAGAAAAUAUUCCAAAAAAAAAUUGUAAAAGAGAUCAUCAAAAAGUAUAUUUAAUAGACAAAUCAAUGUGAAAUAGAAAAGCAUGGAGAAUAAAAUUACAUACCAACAUUAAA